AAGCCGCCGCGUCCCGGCGGGCGCGGGUCCCGGGUCGCUCCGCUCCGGGGCCGGUAACUGCCCGCGUCCCGAGCGCCGUCCCCGUGCUCUCCGUGAGGGCGGCGGCCCGCCGCCAAGGCACCGGCUGCCAGUCCCGUCUGCCGCCGUGCCGGGCGCGGGGCGGAGUGGCGGCCGGUACAUGGCGCGCUGCGGCUGCGGCGCGGCGCCGAAGGGCCCCGGCGCGGCGGCGGCGGAGCGGCAGCGGCUGAAGGAGGCGCUGGCCGAGCAGCUCCGGCAGGACCUCGACAGGCUGCUGGCGGAGGGGACCCACUCGGACGUGACCUUCCAAGUAGGCGACGAGGAGGUGCGGCUGCACCGGGCGGUGCUGCUGGCGCGGGCGCCGCUGGUGUGCGAAGGUCUGGCGUGGGGGCAGCUGCGGCUGGACAGCAUGGAACCCGCCGAGGUCCGGGAAUUCCUGCGGAUUCUAUAUUCAUCUGAUAUAAAUCUUAAAGAAAUUGAGGAGCAGUUUAUGAGGAAAAUACAAGAAAGCAACACUACUACUCUUCAGAAUGCUCAAAACAAUUGUCUUGGACAAAGCAAAAGAGCACCAGUUGAUCAGAAUAGUCCAAGUGGAGCUGUGCAGAAAGAACUUGUUUGUUUGUCUGGUAUUGAGGAAGAAAUUCCAGAAGCAAUCAUUGAUGCAGAAAGCAACAAAGCAACAGCAGGUAAUUCCGAAGUAGAAACUGCGUCUGUGUUAGGAGAAGACUUACUGAUGCUCUACAAGAAGUGCUGUUGUCCAGAUAUUAAUAUUUGCGUAGAAGGCAAAGAUUUUCAAGCUCACAGGGCCAUUUUAUGUGCCAGAUCUAGUUACUUUGCUGCUAUGCUGAGUGGAAGCUGGGCUGAGAGCUCUCAAGAGCACAUCACUCUUCAAGGCAUAAGCCACGCAGAAAUGAAUGUCAUCUUGCAUUUUAUAUAUGGAGCUAUUUUGGACUUCCCAGAAGAAGUUGAUGUUGGUCGCAUGUUGGGCAUUGCAGACAUGUAUGGGCUGGAUGGACUAAAAGAAGUGGCUAUCUACAUUUUGAAAAGAGAUUACUGCAAUUUUUUCCAAAAGCCUGUUCCUGGCAAACAACAACCUGUGCUAGAAUGCCUGGCUAUUGCUCAUUCAUUGGGAGUGGAAAACCUAUAUGCUGCUUGCAUGAAAUGGGUAGGAAAACAUUUUGCAAGAUGUUUUUCAGAGAAAAGCUUUGCCAAUUUACCUACUGAACUUCAGAACAAUUGUCUUGUUAUGUUGAUUAACUCUUUGAACCACAAGAAUGCUGCUUUCCGUUUGAUGGAGAGUGACCGGCUGAUCAAUAGCCUUCCCCGAGUGAAAUGGACAGAGGCAGCUGUGGCCUUGGCAUCACGGCUACAUGAGGAAUGUGUAACCUUUAUUGUUGCAAACUUCCUGCACCUAGUACAAAGUGAAGGCUUCUCUGUUUUGUUGCAGGCACAGGCAAUGAGCAGCAAACCUGACCUUCUAGAACUAAUUUUCAAUGCAAUUGAGAAAAGCAUUAAUAAUGAAAAUAGCUGCUUUCUUCUUGUAGCAGUGGAUAUGUUGUUGGAGUCCGCAAAUGUGAAGGAGAUGGGUUUUACGUGCAAGAUCCAGGCGCUGCGUGAUAAGCUCUGGGUCUUCCUGGUUCAGUCUUUUUAUGCUGUUCGUCACACAGAAGGCUGGAAGCUGAUGAGGCCAGACCAUCAACAGAAAAUACAAUCAGCUGCAUUUGACAAGGGUGAUGACCGAAGACUUGGCAAAAAACCUGUGUUCACCAGUUCUCAGCUAAAUAAAAUUACUACUGCAUCUGUUGGUAUAAGGAAUACUUCCUGGGCAGAACACAGCAAGAAAAAUUGCUGGGGAGAUUCUUCCACUAAUCAGGAUAAAAUGAAAUCUGAUGGAUUAGGAGCAUCUGGACAUGCAUCCACCAAUAGAAACACUGUUAAUAAGACUUCAAAGCAUGAGGAUGUAAAGGGGAAAGAUGGCAAAAAAUUAGUUUCCAAGAUUACGAAGGAUUCCAAACCUGGGGAAAAAGCUGCUUUGCCAAAGGCUAGAGCUGUUAUAAAGACAAAAAUAGAAAAUAAUGGAAAUGUGAAGGCUGAAAGCAUGCUUACCAAGCAAGAUAUAGAAAAGACAUCAUCUGCAAGUGGGCAAAAAAAUUCAGGAAGCAGCAAAGGACUAAAGAAUCAUGAAGGAAAAAUUGCAGGUGCCAGACCUAAAGUACUGACAGUAACCUCAAGCAUGCAGAACAAAACAAAGCCAUUGAAAAAAACCACAGGGAAGGAAUCUCCCUCCUUGGUGACUGUGGCAGCAACUUCCAGCAAGUCAGCAAAUUCAAUCAUGGAUAUCCAGACUGCAGGUGAACAGACAGAGGAACCUAAAGAGGAUAAAUCGGUAGAGGAAGGGAAAAAACAGACUGUAGUAAAAACAAAGGCAUCUGUGAAGGUAUCCAAUGGAGUCAUCACCAAAAAAAAAAAGACUGAGCUUGAAGCUAAUGUCCCAACGAGCAGUCCGACAAAAAAAACAACAGGAAAAGGGUGUAAUGAGCAAAAUGGACAAGCUGUUCUAAAGAAAAAAGGGAACGUGAGUACAAAUUCUGCAGCACAGCAAAAGACUCAAAACACACCUACCAAUUCUCCCAAGAACCAAGGACCUCAGGGGGAAUCACCAAAUUCACUGAAAUCAGGAACAUCUCCAAAACAUAAUGAAGAAAAAAAUGUGUUACAGCACCUGGUUCAGACAACACUCCCAGAAAAACAUCCUUCAGCUAAGAAGAAGAGUAUUAAACAAUCACAAACACCUGUAACAAAAGCCACUUCAAAAAUAGCAACUAAGACUCUGGUUCCAUCAAAAAAUGCUGAGAUUACAAAUAGUAAAGACCCAAAACAGAAAACAGCUGCAUUAAAAUCUCAGUCCUCUGCCCAAAAGCAUUCAAGGAGUGAUUCUCCUGUUGUCCAGAAGAAUGUGCACACCUCUGAGCACAGAGGUUCAGGACAGAAACUUGAGAAAAACACGGCUGAUGCUGUGGCAGGUCAACUUCAUGACAAUAAUGAAUGCUAUUCUGCAAAUAAAUCUUUAAAACCUGCCACAAAAAGUGGCAGUGACAAUAAAAUGCUGGAGUCUUGUCAAUCCAAUAAACAAAAAUUACCAGAUUCUUCUGAAACUGUGCAAUACGAAAUACAAUCCAAAUCUUCUUCUCCUCAAAUUGCAGAAGAAACUAUUUAUAAACUGAAUGUUUCUCUACAAAACGACAUGGAAACAAGACAAAUCUGUGGAGAUCAGACUGGAAUUAGAAAGACUGAAGAUCCAGAGAAAAAUGAUAAUACAGCUGAAUUUCACUGUCAUGCACAGUCUUCCAAUGAUGGAUAUUCAGACUUUUCCAAGGAAACCAAUCAAAAGGCUAUUGUUUUAGGAGAACUGGUGAAAAAUUCAAAAGCAACAAAUGCCUGUAAUGAACAGAGUGAUAAAAUAAACUCUGAAACAGGUCUUAACUAUGGUGAAAACACUUUGUCAAGCUUUUCCCAAGUAACCAAUAAAGAGGAUGAGACAUCAUCUCCUCAGAUCCACGUGGAAGGAUUUCUUACAGUUGAUGAACUGUAUGAUACAUCAGCCUUGACUGAAUAUAAAUCAGUUACAACAGAUUUAGACGAUGCUUCAGAAUGUUCCACAGAACAAAUAACAGAAAAAUAUUCACCUAAUUACACAGAACUUAUAGAACCUAUGGAAAUGCCAGAAAACCAUGAAAAUGCAGAGAUUCCCUUUGUGGACCACUGGACUACUAGUGCUGUAGAUCCAAAAGAGAGCCCUGAAUCAGAUACUGGCAGUGCAACGACAUCCUCUGAUGAUAUAAAACCACGAUCAGAAGAUUAUGAUGCUGGAGGCUCUCAGGACGAUGAGGGAUCCAAUGAAAGAGGCAUUUCUAAAUGCAGUACUAUGUUAUGUCAUGAUUUUCUUGGAAGAAGCAGCAGUGACACAAGUACACCUGAGGAAUUAAAAAUUUAUGACAGCAGCCUAAGAAUAGAGGUGAAAAUGAAAAAAGAGGGUUCUGAUCUCUUCCGUGUUAAUUCAACAAGUGACGAUGAAAUACCAAGAAAAAGACCUGAAAUUUGGUCCCAUCAAGAGAGUUCACGGACCACUACUAGAGAAUGCAAAAGUUCUACUUUUGGUAAUGCACAGUUUACUCAGGAAGCAGACCAAGUUUCUUCUUCUGCUGAUGAAACAGAAGAUGACAGAUCUGAAGCAGAGAAUGUUGCAGAAAAAUUUCCCCCAUCAAAUGUUCCUACUCAACAGUUCCAAGGAAUUGAUAAUUUAGCUUUUGAGGAUGCAGCAGAAAAUGAUAGUGCAAGUCAGGAGUUUUCUAAAACUAAAAAUUUCAAACGAUCUGUUUUACUUUCAGUAGAUGAAUGUGAAGAAUUGGGAGCUGAUGAUAAAGUAGAAACUCACACUUCACGUCAGCACUCAAUAGAUUCUCUUACUCCUUCAGAAGUAUUUGACAGUGUUUCUCAAGAGCACCAUGGAAAGACAUUAUAUUCAAAAUACUCAUUGGAAACUGAAGAUGGAUUCCUGGAUGGCAAACAGCGCAAGGAUAGAGACAAUAGGUUGGAUAAAAGUGGAAGUUCUCUCCUGCAUCUUCAAGGUACUGAAAUCCCAGGAAAAGAGAAUCAAAGUGCUUCAAUGACUGAACAAAGUUGCCCAGAGAAAGUAUAUUCAGCAGGUAGUCCACAUCCAGGAGAAAACCAGCAAGUAAAUAUGAAAAAUGAGGUGGCUGGUGAAUUUCACCAAUGCAAUAAGUACAUAGACAAUGAUGCAAAAUCUCAAGAAAGACCAUGUCAUCUGGAUCUUCAGCAGAGAGAAACUAAUUCUGAUGUGCAAAAGAGCAGCUCUGCAAAACCUGUAGAAGCCAGUAAGAAUCAGAUGCUGACUCAGGAAAGUCAAGUGAGAGACAGUCAACCAGCAACUACUGAAUGCGCUAAUACUGAUUUACUUCCAGGAGACAUAGAUGAUUAUGACACAAUGGCACAAACCUGCAUGUAUGAACAUCGGCCUUCAAAAACCCUUUCUCCAAUAUAUGAGAUGGAUGUUGGAGAAGCAAUUGAGCAGAGGAUGGAUUCAGAAACAGCAGUUCUAGAGAUGGAUUUUGAAGAUCAACAGUUUGCAGAACAGGACUGGACUCUACUCAGGCAGUUGUUAUCUGAGCAGGACUCAAAUAUAGAUUUCAAAAACUCUGUUCCUGAAGACCUUAACUUAGCACAAUGUCUUAUCAAUCAGACACUGUUUCUGGCACGAGAUGGUUCGAAUCCUCAGGGUACCUCACAAGUUGACACAUUCAGUAGGUGGACUGAACUCAUGUCUCCACUUGACGAUUCCUCAGCAAGCAUUACAGUGGCAAGCUUUUCCUCUGAAGACUGUUCGUCCCCUCAAGGGGAAUGGACAAUUCUUGAACUGGAAACCCAUCAUUAACGUGUCAGCUGUUUGCAACUGAACUCCAACCCGUUCCCCAAAUCUAUUUUUGAUGAGUUGUUUCCAUACCAUAAUGAAAUACUGCAUCAGUCAAGAACAAGCAAUUCUUGAUACUGAGGCAAUCUUUCUGAUAAAAUGAGGUAAAUAUGUUAACUUAUCAUCUAGAUUUAAUCACAAGUACAGUAAUUUUUCAAGACUUAAAUGGAUGUCUUUUCUAAAAAUGAACUUUGAGCAUGUAUUUUCUAGAAUUGUUAGAAAAACUAGAUGACAUGAAAGAAAGGUCUGGGUUUCCACCCUCUCUUUAAUCUUCUUUUUUGACAUUUAAUGUUCUCAUUGAUCAAAAAUUUAAAGAUGAAUGCACUAUUAGUAGAGCUAUUCCUCUCCUUUCCCGCCCCCCUCCCCAAUGUGGUGACUUCAUUUUACAACAAUAAAGAUUCAGAAUGGUUGUGUCAAAAGAUAAUGUGUGCCAACACUACUUUAAAUGACAGAAAAACACACAUAUAUUCAAAGAAGAUGUUUCAAUCUGAAUCUGCCUUGGGCCUUAUUAAUAUGAGCAGCUUGUUUCAUCUGUUUCUUCCAGAUUUGAUUUUUAUAUUUUGGUUUGUUUUGUUUUAGACGUUUCAAAUAAUUUUUUUUAAUUACUUUUUCUUCAAAUAUAAGACUUCAGACGGUCUGUGCAGUAUGAAGACCACUGUUUCUUUCAUGAAGUAUUUACUUCUUCAGGAAGUAAAUACACACAUUUAAGUAAAUAUUUUAAAUGGCAUAGUGCAUGAAUUCAAAGUUAGUAGAAUGUUGUUCCUGCUCUAAGAAACAGCAGGUCUGAUGUCUCUAAAAGUACAUCUAAAUCUGAAGUUGUGGUCAGUGUUACAUCUCAAGUCUGAUGUUAACUAGAAUUACCUUCAGGCAUAAUUAAUUACACUUGCACGUUCUCAUGCUGAGGUAUAGCAAGAUUCUCAGGAAUUUGGUUUUGUGUGUUUUCACAGAUGCCACAUUUUUGGGAGUGGUAAUAGGAUUCUUGCAUCUUCAUUAUUAUCUCUAGUGAAGCUUUUAUAAAUUGAGACUAAAUGUCACCAUAACCUUUGACUCAGAGUGAAACAGGAUAUACAGAUCAUUUUUCUGCUCUUAUCUCUUUGGGUGUGGAUAGGACUGAUUAUUGUCUUUUCUGACUGACAAGGGAGUAAGGAGUGAGAAACUUUUUGUAAUUCUUACCAAGUCAGAACUCCUGAAACGUACAGGGUUUUUUUUUUCCCUGCACAGGUUGGACUCUCUUAAGACAACAGUAGAGGUUGUCCUUCACACGUCUUAAAAUCUAAAAAAGAAGUAUUCUACCUCCUCUUAGUCAUUAACAGAAGUGCCUUCAGAAGUGGGUGCCAUAUAGGAGUAAAAGGCUACUAACAUUCUAUUUUGGUUGAAACUAUACAAGUACACAACUUAAGCUGACUGUAACCACUGAUAACAUGGUUGGUUUUGCAAGCUUUUGCACAAUUCCAGCAGUGCAUCUUAACUUUCUUGACAAAUUUCAUUUCUUUUUGUUCAUAGUCAGAAACUCAGUUCUGUGGAAAUACAAACUUGCCCUAGUGUAUGAUUAAAGAAGUUAUGACUUCGGGUUUGACAGAAAAAAGAUCUUUGAGGCAAAAUAAUUUAUCUAGUUGAAUUUCUGUUACAAAAGUAAUGUCAAUAAAAAGAUGAAUGGAGGAAGAAUUUUAUUUUAUUUUUUGAUAUCAAGGUAAAGGGAAAAAAGGAAAACCUUCCUUUCUCUUUAUGUCAGUGGAGAACUCUAAAUUCAUGGAAGGAAGAUUUUCAGUCUCAUCAUAACAAUCUUUAAUCUGCUCUUUUAGCAGCAGCAUAAAUAAUCUGCGAUAUUGUAAUUCAAAAUAUUAUAAAUGUAAUACUUUGUAUUUAACCCAGUCUUCAUAUUGAGGGAGUUAGAACCACCUUUAGAAGUGCAGAACAUCAAGAAAACCUAUUUUCACCUUCAGCAUUUACAAGGUACAUCAAUAGAUGCUAAUGUUUUGGAUAAAAUAAACAACUAUAGUACUGGCCCUAGUAAAAGAUGAAGCUCAAGAGAAGCUCUUACAGAAGGCUAAGGAAUAUUGUUUUUCAAUGUCUGUGUAAAGCACUAAAGUAAAGUUGUUUACCAAAAACUUUAAUCAACUUUAAAAUCCUGAUGAUAUUCUGAUAGUGGGCAUUCACAUGUUAAACAAGAUGAAGUGAUGGAAAGGAGAAGUGACAGAAAGUGAAAGAAGGGAUCCUUUUGUCUAUUUUUCACUUUGCCCGUAUUUUUAACUUCUUACUGAAUAGAUAAAGUGACACUGAAAACUGACACAAAAUUUCAGGUUUAUUGUAUGAAAUGCAAUCACAUAUAGGGUUUUAUAAUUGUGGAUUUUGUCUUUGCAUUUACUUUUUCAGUUGUAUGAAAAUUAAAUUAGCUUCUCCCUUCAAGUCCCCAGUGAUGUUGUUGCAAUUCCUUUAACAGUUUUGCAGCAGACCGCUGAUUAGGAUAUGGUAUUGUUCAGUUGGUACAUAGGCUACCAUAGAAUUCAGCUUCCCACAGCCAAAUAGUGUCUGUAGAAGUAGCAGGAAUAGAAAGUGGUAUUGUUUUUAAUUCGCGUUACUAGAGCGCCUGUGAGGCUUAAUCAGACCAGCAUCCCACUGGCUAGACAUUGUACAAACAAAGAGCAAAAACAAAGACUUCCCACAGAGUGGUUAGAAUCCAAGAUAAGACAAAAGACAAAAAAAAAAUGCACAUGAAUGGAAAAGUAAAAUAAGAGUGUCAAUAUUUGUCUAGCUGAUUAGCAAUGGUUUCAACACAUGAUCAGUUUAAAUAGUCAUUUUUUUCUCCUGUAUGCAUGACGAGAAGGGGAAACUUUAGGGUGAGAUCUGAAGGCUGGAUAACGAGGGAGCUGGAAGAAUGUAUAUUCCUGACCAGCCUUGUGUGCUGCCAAAACUGUUCGACCCUGACCUCAUUCAGAAGAAUGUUCAAGCUUUAAGCCAGGUGUAGGCAGCUAUUUGUUUAAUAGUAUCAGUCACCUGAGUUCUUUGGAGUCCUUCUCAUACCUCCUGGCAGUGAUUUUUAUCACUGUAUUCGCCCCUUCUCCAAAAUAUGAGAGAAUGGAUAAAGGUUUGUUUGAAAACUUCAUAGAGAAAUAAUCAAAGCUGGUGCCAUGGACUCCAAGUGAAUUGUGAUUAUGAGGUCCUGAAAGACCUCUAAAGCAAAGACAAGGUAGAUACAUCUGAUGGAACAGUGAAAGGGUGUCAGUGAGGAAACUAAAAAGAUGGCAUAGUCAGAAUGCUACCCUUGCAGUAGUAUUUGGAAUAAGAGCAGUGAAAUUGCUUUGUCAAAGCUUGAGAACACCAGUUAACAGGUGAAAGCGACAGCUUACCUGAGGUUCUUUGAAUGGGCAAAGACAUCUGUAUCCCACAGAGAGUAAGACCACACUUAGUGGUGACUAUCAGUGAAAAUUUAAAGGAGAGGAAAUCAGUCUCAGAUAAUGACCCUGAUUUGGCCUAUCUCGAAUGACAUGUUAUGAAAGUGAUAAAUAGGAAAGAUGUCCUACAUGUAUGAAUGUAUUAAGUUUUAGAAAAGACUAGACCUCCAAAAGCGAUAUCUGUAGGCAUAAUUACUUUUUUAUUCACUUGGAAAGUUGGAGUCUAGUCUGGACUGGAGAAGCAGCUUUGCAGGGUUUUACAUACAGAUAAUAGCUAAAAUUGUAUUUGUGGAGUAAGUCAGCAACAGACAUAAUUGCAGACAGAAGAGGGAAGGCCAGACACUUAGAACCAAAUAAGAAAGUGAGAAAGGGGGAAGUUCUUCCAAAUAAUCUAUUAAAAAAAAAUUAGAGAAGCAAAGGAAAUAAAAA